CUGUGUGUUCAGCAGCAGAGCCUAUCAAUUAGCCAGCGUCAGUCAAAACCUCCUGCAAUUUCGUAACAAGCUGAAACUUUUGUCUAUACUAAUUAACAUUCUAGCCUACAGACUUAUUUUUCUAUACCCUGACAUUACCGUCAAUUUCCUAGAGAAAAUUCUCGCAGCUGAACUCAAUCCACUCUCUAUGGUCACGGAAAACCACCCCUGUGCUCUCCGCGUAGGGUUUAGCCUUAUCCUAGCACUCUGGCAAGUUUUCAAACACCAGGUUGACGCCACUAUCACCCUCGCCUCUUUGAAUAACGCUAUCAAAGAGGAACAGCUUCGCAUAUUUGGUGCUGUGUAUCGGAACGUCAACCUUAAUAACUCUUCCUCGUUUGGCCAAUUCAUGAUCACACACAGCAAACGCUGGCAAGUCACCAUGUUUUUGUUGUGCGACUUGCUCAUUGUUCCCCACCAUCUCAUCACCUCCAGGCGCCUCUUUCUUACGUUCAAGAUCGGAAAGUACCUGGAAUACGAAAGCGCUAUUGCCCAUGAUUUGAUGACCUGGGAGCGCGAUCAAAAACAGGGCAUUAUAAACUCAUAUCUGUUCUGGCUCAAGCACAACCAAAAAACUCAUAGCCCUGAAAGCCAAAAGGCCUUUUUGGAAAUGACUACAGCGUUCUGCGAGCGAAAAAGACGAAAGUUAAUGCAAGUUAAGGAGCCAGUUGAAUUUUUUGACACAGACCUUUUUCUAAAUGCAAUACCUCUCAUCAAGGCCUACUACCAAUCAGAAAUAGACUGGAAAGAAAGCAAGGUCGACUCUUCCAACAUUAAGGCCAAAAUGUAAAGCACCUGCAUUUCGCUUUCUCGCUUUUUUAGUAAAAAACAUCUAUUCGUAAUCUGGUAUCAAGUAAAAAAUUUCUACGUGUCGACUUUUUUUGAGCUCUAAUAUGCAUUGCGUCGCUAGUUGCAGUAGAUGUAGUCACGAAAAAAGUUCUAUUCUCGAUGACGACCUAGCCUCAAGACCUUCUGUUUUUAAACAAAACGUUAUUUUUUUAUAAUAAUAAUACACGCGUUUUCGAUCUGCAAACUUCGUUCUUACACAGAAAUGGUUUAUGCUGAAAAGUUUUAAAUAUACGUCAGAAUCGGCAAUUAUGGUUCUGUUUUGGUUUAUACUCUCCAGCGCUAUAUUUGUUUUUUUGGGCCUGCUUCGUACCGUUUUUUAUUGGACAGGCAACGGGCGUAAUUAUUUUCAGCUAAAUAGAACCGCUUCUCAUGACGGACAAAGUCCAUUAUAUCCGCCGGAAACUGAACGUCUCAAUAACACGUCAAAUAUAAACCUACCCAGAGAACACUUAUCGCGAUAUGCAAAUGGCCUUGAUAUUGAUCUCAGUCGUCAAAUUGUUGACAGCGGCAACUUGCCCGUUUUAAAUCCCGCCGACACCACACACGAACAAGGAGCAAAUAAUAUUGCUACUGGGCUACAGAUGCGUACUGCUUCCCGCUCUUCGUCCUCUCGAACAUAUGGAAAAAAAAAACUUGCUAAACUUGAGCGAAAAAGAGCCCUCGCAGAAUACCACCGACACCAAGCUGAACAAGGGGAUAAGCAGCUGGCCGAGCUCCGCAAAUUAGAGAGAGAACGAGUGAGGAGAAAAGAAAAUGAAAAAAAAGAGGCUGAGUUUUGGGAGGAACGCAAACGCCAACAAGAAAAAGAUGAAGAAGCAGAAUAUCUGAUAUGGAAAGAAAAGAUAUUAGUUGAGGAGGAAGGCGUCCAAAAGACCCAAAAAGACAUGUUAUUUGAACGUGACCAGCUAGUUCGUGCCAUUAAAAAAAACAAGUUUGUCGAAUUAGAAAGCUUGGGAUUAGAAUUUCAAAUAGAUGUACAAAUUCUUGUACGCUUAGUAACAGAAUUAGUUGAAGAGGGCCUCAUAGAUGGAAUAUUCGACGGAAGGGGAUAUUUCAUAUACUUUACAGACGAGGAGAAAAUGCAUAUCAUUAAGAUAAUAGAGGAGUCAGGUAGAGUAACUGCAGAACAACUGACACAGGAGUUUUUGACAAGAAUCGCUUCUACACAUCAAAUUCCUGGUAAAAACUAUUCUUUGUGAAUGGCGAAAGA